AUGGAGGUUCUUGCUCCUUUGGUCGUUGGCCAAAUUGCCCGCAUCUCCUGCUACGUAGUUGGGAUUGCCUUUAUUUCGGUGGCUCUGAACGUGUUCAAUCAGCUAUUCCUGUACAACCGCAAUGAACCUCCAGUUGUCUUCCACUGGUUUCCCCUUGUGGGAAGUACCAUUGCCUAUGGCAUGGAUCCUUAUAAGUUUUUCUUCUCCUGUCGUGAAAAGUACGGUGAAAUCUUCACCUUCAUACUCCUGGGCAAGAAGACUACCGUGUAUCUCGGCAUCGAAGGCAAUGAGUUCAUCCUGAACGGAAAAUUGAAGGAUGUCAACGCCGAGGAGGUCUAUGGCAAGUUGACUACUCCUGUCUUCGGCACCGACGUUGUAUACGAUUGCCCCAACUCCAAGCUAAUGGAGCAGAAGAAGUUCAUCAAAUUUGGACUCAGCCAAGCCGCCCUCGAAUCCUACGUCCCUCUGAUCGAAGAAGAAGUCAACCAAUACAUCAAGACCUCCGGCAAAUUCAAAGGCAAGACAGGCAUUGUCGAUCUGAGUGCCGCGAUGGCCGAAAUCACCAUCUUCACAGCUGGCCGCUUCAACCCGAUCAACUUCAUGCUCCCCUGGGCCCCUCUCCCUCAUAACCGAAAGCGAGACUUUGCCCAUGCCCGCAUGCGCGAAAUCUAUCUCGAAAUCAUCCAAGCCCGCCGGGAUUCCACUACGUCCGAGGAAGACCAAUCCCAAGACAUGAUCUGGAACCUAAUGCGCAGCGUCUACCGCGACGGCACCCCAAUCCCAGACAAGGAAAUAGCCCACAUGAUGAUAACCCUCCUCAUGGCCGGCCAGCACCAGUCAUCAUCAAUCAGUUGCUGGAUCUUCCUUCGACUCGCCUCGCAGCCUGAAAUGACGGAAAAGCUAUACCGUGAACAGGUCAAUGCCUUUGGUUCCGAGUUCCCUGCACUGAGCUACAAGGAUAUGGACAAACUACCCCUCCACCAGAACGUCAUCAAGGAGACCUUGCGUAUCCAUAACUCCAUCCACACCCUCAUGCGCAAGGUCAAGAAUCCCCUCCCAGUCCCCGGGACCAGAUACGUCGUGCCUACUAGCCACACCCUUCUCGCCUCGCCUGGCGUCACCACCCGUGAUAAUAACCACUUCCGUAACGCAAUGACCUGGGACCCGCACCGAUGGGAAUCGCGAGUUGAGGCCGAAGAUGAUGGCGAGACCAUUGACUACGGAUACGGCGUUGUGUCGAAGGGUACUAAAAGCCCUUAUCUUCCCUUUGGUGCUGGUCGUCACAGGUGCAUUGGGGAGAAAUUUGCGUAUCUGAAUUUGACUGUUAUUGUUGCCACGAUGGUGCGUAACUUUCGCUUCUAUAACCCCGAGGACAGAGAGGGUGUUCCCGAGACGGAUUAUUCGUCACUCUUUUCUCGGCCAAUGCAGCCAUCCACUGUUCGUUGGGAGCGUCGUGGGGAAUAA